UGUACAGUAGGCGAAGUGCAUAGCGCCAUAGACGUCUGACCGUCCACAUCUUGGGUUGUUGGCCUCAUUAGCGUGCUUCUGAAUUGCCACGGGUUUGUUGGCGAUGUAUGGGAAUUGAUUAGCAAUGUCGGUGUCCGGAGAGAAGAGUUCGACGCGUCUUCUCGAUGAAUAUCUACGCGAAGAAGGACUGGAGCGCUUUAUACCUAAGUUUACAGCGGAAGAGUUGGACUUCGAGAACUUCGUGACGCUUAGCGAAGACGACCUGACCUCAAGCUUUUCUAUAACCGACAAGCAAGACAUCGAGCAUCUGUUAGACGCUGUCUGUAGGGCGAGAACUAGAUACAACAUAUAUUUUCAAGACGCUACUCGGCAGAAACUCAAGGAGAAAGACGUAGAUUUAGCCCGAACGCUGCCGAAAGACUUCAAAUUUCGUCAGAAAAAGAGAAACAAAUCGUUAGCCAACCCCGACGUGCAGCGAGUGCUCGAGGAAGAGUCUCGCUCUCCCUCCAGUCGUCCGCUAUCCGGCGACAGCGGAAUCAGUGCCGGCGACGCGAGCGGCGAGGAGCAGGACGUUCUCGCCGAGUUCACGAAUUCAGGAGACGAUAGCCGGAAUCUACAGCGAGUGAGCAAGAUGCUGGGAAGCAGCGAACCAUCUCUGGUGUUGAAACGGAAGCCUGAAGGUGGACAAGGAAGGCAGUCUAGGCGACCCAAGAGCUUUAUUCUUGACAGCAAUUUUGGUGCACAAAGUCCAGUGAGUAACAUUGCAUCUUCUGCUGGAGUGGCAGUAGGCCAACAAGCUUUGCACAAGAAGCAGCAGAGUCUGGGCUGUUUGAGUCCUGCAUUUCGUGCAGCUCAUAUUGAAAGGUCUGAUAUAGUCGACAGCAGAGGUCGGAGGUGGUCAUCAGCCUCAUUGUCGUCAUCUGGUUAUGGAACGGGUUCACCAAUUGUAGGAUCACCAGCUUCAGUAUAUCUCUCUGAGUCGUAUGAAAGACUGCACCAGCUUCCGUCACAACCGACGUCGGACGACUUGCAGGCUUUGAUAAAGCAUUUUCAUGCGGAGAAUGAAAGCGAUGGAUCCGAGAAGGAUCGACCGGGGAGACGACAGCGAGCAAGGAGUCUUAGUCCAGAGAGAGUGCCUCGUAAUUGGGAAAUACCUCGUGUGAACGACAUGUUCAGGCAACGUUUCCCUACUGCCAAGGCAGAAAUGGAACAAAAGUUGCAGUUUCUACUCAUCGAAUUUUAUCCCAGAACAGAGAAACUGUCGGAUGCGACAUAUGAAUUUGUACUGGAUCAGAUUAUUAAAGCAAUUCGAGAUAUUCUUGACAAAAGCCAAAGUGGCGAGCUUUCAAGUCUGUAUUUCUUUGAAAUGACCGAGAGCAUCAAUGAAUUAUACUUGGGAUGUGCCAAAAUAACGAGGUUACCACAGGAGAGUGCUCAGUUAGAAGAGACGAUUAGGAAGUUGCUGUUGAUUAUUUCUCGUCCGGCUCGGCUUUUGGAAUGUCUUGAGUUUGAUCCGAAGCAAUUUUAUUAUUCAACGUUGGAAGAGCAGGUGUCUGGCCUUAGCUCGUCAUCUCAUAUGCCGCGUUACAUCAAGAGCCAACUGGAGUCACUGGAUGAUGAGGCUGGUCAGACGUUGGUCAAGAGUCGGUGUUCAUCUCCUGUUUUAUCUUCCGACAAACUGAAAACUGAAGGUCCAAAGGAAGAGGAUUUUUCCGUACUAAAGCUGAUCAGCAGUGGGGCUUAUGGUGCUGUCUACCUCGUUAAGCACAAAACACUAAAGCAACGAUUUGCGAUGAAGAAAGUGAGCAAACAGAACAUGAUACGAAAGAAGCAGGUGGAUCAAGUGUUUAUCGAACGAAAUAUACUCACGUUUGCUGACAACCCUUUUGUUGUGAGUAUUUACUGCACGUUUCAGACAAGGAAACACUUGUGUAUGGUGAUGGAGUACGUGGAAGGGGGCGACUGUGCUAAUCUUCUCAAGAACAUGGAGGGACCGAUUCCUGUCGAGCUGGCUCGCAUGUACAUCGCAGAGACAGUACUCGCUGUCGAGUACAUUCACAAUCUGGGAGUUGUGCAUCGAGACAUUAAACCCGAAAAUAUGUUGAUCACGUCGGAGGGACACAUUAAGUUGACUGACUUUGGCUUGUCGAAGAUUGGCCUCAUGAACAUGACGACCGGGAUUUUUGAGCAAGCACACGAAGAUGACAGUUCGUUUCUCGAUGAACAGAUUUAUGGCACGCCGGACUACUUGGCACCGGAAGUUAUUCUCAUGCAGGGAUAUGGCAAGCCGGUAGACUGGUGGAGUGUUGGGAUCGUGUUGUAUGAGUUUGUUAUCGGUGUGCCUCCCAUAUGGGCGGAAACUGUAGAGGAGCUGUUUGACCUCAUCACGAGUGAAAAUCUGACCGUUGAGUGGCCAACAGAACCAGAAGAAGUUCCACCAUGGGAGGUGCAAGACCUCGUUCACAGUCUGCUAAAGCAGAAUGCGGCGGAACGACUCGGAUCCGUGCAGAUGGGAGGUGUCUCUGGUGUUAAAUCUCACAAGUUCUUUGAGAGAGUGUCGUGGCGAUCUCUUCUCCUUCAGAAGGCAGUCUUUGUACCGCAACUAGAAAACGAGGAAGAUACGAGUUACUUUGAUCCACGGACUGAACGGUACAGUCAUGAGUUUUUGUCGGAUGAUGAAGAAGAGGAAGAGGACUAUAGCAUGCCGUUUCAUAACUUUGCGUCGACGUCGGCUCGGUAUUCGAUGAUUUUGGAGACGCCCGAUGAAGUGAGCGACGCUGUUGAAUUGUCGUCUCACAGAGAGACAUCAGCAACCACCUCAAAUGCGAGUACUAGUCAAAUUCCUGGUCUUCAUGUUCAAGCACCAAGCAGCGCAAGUAGCUCAAGCUCAGAAAGUCACACUACAUCACCAACGAGGGAUGAAGCUCAAACUGAACGGAAGAGAAAACAAGCUCGCGAUGAGUCCCAAGGCAAUGUAGUUAGAUUUGCGGAGUCGGGUAAUGCACUUUAUGCCGAUGUCUCUACUCAAUGGCAAAUGCCUGCUGCUGAGGGAAAAAGAAAAGAUUCGACGUCAUCGACAUUGGCUGGCUUUCGACCAGCUGAUUUGGGGCUACAGACGAUCAUCAUGGAGAAAGGACAUGAUGGUUAUGGCAUGAUCUUGAGAGCCAUCAGAGUGUAUAUCGGGGAUACAGAAAUGUAUCGCAUGCAUCACAUUGUGAAGUCUGUAGAUGAUGAUGGACCAGCAUGGAAAGCUGGACUUAGACCUGGACAACUGGUUACUCAUGUCAAUGGCAAGCCUGUUACCGGAUUACUACACACAGAAGUAGUCCAGUUGAUUGUGUCUGGGGGACGCAAUGUAUGCGAGUUGUGUACCAUUCCUCUAGAAUCUACACCCAUCCGCGCUGGCGGUCGACAGCGGUCACAAACGAUGAGUCGGAGACUGAGCAGCGGGAAGGACUUGACUUCCGUCAACCAAUCCAAAAGUAAAGCUCAAGAGAAGAAGAGUAGCAGUUUUCUAUUCUGGCGUAAGAAGAAGAAACGACGAGACCAGAAGGAACGCUCAAAAUCCUCGCCCGCAUCUCCCACCCGAUCACCCCCAGAGUCUCCCCACCAAAAUUCUACAACUGCAACUUUUCCCAGAGGAAAUCGUCAGCCUUCGCCUCCUCAGACUGCCUCGUCGCCGUCACAAUCUCGUCCGCACAGUUUCGGCAGCAAAAUUCUUCCUAAAUUCCUGCGGUCUCCUCGUCGUAAACCGCACGGACCGUCGACACCCGUCUCUCCAUUGGCGCGAACACCAUCACCAGCCUUGUCUGCAAAUCUGGGCGGAUCGUGGGCGGCGGGCGGCGGCGGGAGAAGCCCGUCACCACUAGCACCUCCUGGAAGCCACUCGCCGUCAUUGAGGGCAUCUCUAAGUUCGCUGUCCGUUUCGCCGCCGUCAGCGAGUGCCGUUUCGGAAGACGAUAGCGAAACUGGGCACGGUCGGACUUACUCAACAGGAUCGAACUCCGGCCGCUCACCCAUGUCGGGUACGUCACCGCUUCUACGUCGUGCGUUGUCGCCUGACCACUCGAGCAAGCAACACGGCUCGAAAAUGAGUGAGAGUGCGCCGGCAUCUCCUGCUCGAGGAAGAAAGAAACCGUCACUCUCGAAGAUGUUUCGUUCACGGAGCUUCAGACAAUCACCACCCAAAGAUACGCCGCAGACUACAAGUACUACUACAGGUACUACAAGCUCACAAUCUCCGCUUGGCAUUAAUGCCUCUUGGGAAGCACGGAAAAAUGUUUUUGAUAACUUAUAACUUAUAAUAAUUGCAAUAGUUAUUCGUCCACGAUCCGGAGAUGUUUAUCUUAUGUACAAAGUAGUUUGUAUAAAAAAGCUGUUGUACAUACUCUA